CGCAUCAUCGUUGCUGAUCUGGAAAUUCCCCCCUUUUCUACCAUUUAAAAGCUCAGUUCUGAGGGUAGUGUCAGCUCGAAAUACGAGGUUGUGAGUAAAAUUAUGUAGUAGACUAUUUUGUCCAAAGAAGAGGUUAAUAAAAGAGAGCAGGUGUUGCAUGUUUUUUAAAUGGGAAAUCUGCUGGGCAGCUGGCGUUUCAAGGAGCCGAGCACCGUUGAGGAAUGCGACUCGACGUGGGGGUCGGACUCAGAGAGCGACGAGCCGGCGGCUGAAGAUGACAGCGGCAUCUCCGACUCCGUCAGCCCGGCGGAGAGCGAGCGGGCCGCCGGAGACACAUCCCCGCAGCUGACUGAAUACCCAGAGUCCGUUCCAAAGAUGAAGAGGAGUUUCUAUGCUGCCAGAGACCUCUACAAAUACCGUCAUAACUACCCGAACUACAGAAAGUCCCGGCAACCCAACGAGUACCGUAACCUGCGCUUCUACCUGAACAAGAUCCCUCUAGUACCUGAUGGUAUCUAUAUAGAGGAGAUUCUGACUAAGUGGAGAGGCGACUAUGACAAACUGGAGCACAAUCACACCUACAUUCAAUGGCUGUUCCCAUUAAGAGAACAAGGGCUCAACUUCUACGCACAUGAACUGACUCAGGAUGAGAUCAAAGAAUUCCAAAGCACUCGGGAAGCUAAGCGGAGAUUCCUGACGGCCUAUUCCCUGAUGUUGGACUUCUAUGGCAUCAAACUGCUGGAUAAGAGUGGGAAUGUUGCUCGGGCUCCCAACUGGCAGGAGCGCUUCCAGCACCUUAAUGAGUCUCAGCACAACUACCUGCGGAUCACUCGCAUCCUGAAGUCCCUAGGUGAGCUCGGCUAUGAGGCCUUCAAGGCCCCGCUGGUUCGUCUGUUCCUGGAGGAGUCGUUGUGCCACAACACCAUUCCCAGCAUGCAGCACAGCGUCCUGGAGUACUACGUCUACACCAUCCGCCUGCCGGCCACCCGCAGACGCCUGCUCCGCUAUGCCCGCAAGCACUACAGGCCUGCCCAUGCCUUCCUCUGGGGUCCGCCACCUAAAAGGGGAGGUGUCGGAAGUAGUGUAGGUGCUGGAAGUAGUGGGAUCAGAGCACCUGCUCCAACACCAGAGCAACAUAGGAGGGGGGAGGAGAGCACCACCUCCACAUCUGCAAGUAGCAGGAUUAUUGUGUCUUCCCAUGAUGCCAUGACGUGCCAGGACCUGGCUGGAGGAGGGCUGAAGGGCUGCACAGGACUUGGUUCCAAUAUGGCUGGACUGGAGGGAGCGUUGAUGAUGGCGGGAGCUAGAGGAGAGAGGAACGAGUACAAUGAGAUUGUUCCUUUGUAGGGAAUAGGGUUUGAUUGUUAUCAAGUUAUCAAAGCAGAAAACAAAACGGCUGUUUUGAAAAUUAACCAGUUAAAUUGGAAAGAAAAAGAAAAUCAUUGUUUAUGCCAGAACUUUAUUCUGACUUCUGGACGACCCCAAAGGACACUGAAACUUAGGGUCAUGACAGUAAUAGUAAAACACAUACAUAGAAUCUGACCAACGUGUCAUUAGAAUCAAUUCAGGGUUAAGGGCUUACCAUAAACAAAUAUGAUGUUAUUUCUUUGCUGAUAAAUCAGUUUCACUGUAUUGAAUAUGGGGUGGGACUGGGGUGAUUGGGAGGUCAUAUCCUGAGCCAACCUAAACAAACUCGCCUUGGACCAAAUCCCAAAACCAUCUAAUCCAGUAGAGAGUGUGUUGCAAGGCUUUUCCUCAUCAGGGCUAUGAUUAUGAAACAACGAAACGACAGAAGAAUGCCUUAUUUAAUAUUUUGGGUCUGGAACUGUGGCAGAGGUGAAAUGUGGUUACUGAUACUGACACCCAUUUUAGAACCAAUGGUGUCUGAUUGGCACGUUUGUCUUGCGAUGGUUUUGGGAAUCAGAAUCCUGCUUACUCAUCAAACACUGUAGCUGGAGCUCCAGUGAGCAACAAGCUAGACUGAGCUCACUUUGUACAGGCGCUGUAAAGUGAAAAUUAUAAUGUGAAGUGGGAGAUCAGGGAGAAUUUGUUUUAUUUUGUUUCAAAUCCUGUGAAAGGACAUAAGGAUCACAAAAGUGAAAAAGGCAGGGGUGGGCUAAUUUGUCAUAGCAAUACUUUUAAACCAUAUUUUUUUAGAUUGACUUGAAAUCCUCACUUUGUUGUUAAUAAUAGCAGGGACAGCUCAAUAUUUAUCUGCUUGAAGAUAGCCGCUCCCUCUGAAAAUUGUACAUAACUAUAGAGCAAAAAACAAGACUUGUUACUGACUUGCUAUCUAUAAGAAACAGUUAAGAAUAGAGAGGCUUUUUAGUGACAUCACUACUCUCCUGUUAACUAUGGCACCUUGGAGGUCCACUGGAAAAGUGGCUAAAUAUAGAAAUGAUAAUAGGCCAAGAUUCCUGCUACUGUUUCAAAGCAAAGGGAGCAGUGUCGAUAGAAAGAUCUGUUUCAAAAUAUAAGUUACUGUGACACAGUAAAGUCUGUCUUUCUUAGCCCUAGCCUCUUCUGAAAAAACAAUAUCAAACUUUUAGCUGGAUAACUAGCCAAUAGGCUAAUUUAGCAAAGUUAAAAUGCUAACAUCUGCUGUUAAUGGUAGUUUCUGAAAGAUAUAUUGGUGGUGCAAAUGAAGCUACAUCAGCUAGCUAGUGUUAGCAGCAGUGGUUAGCAAACCACUGUGGUUUAAGGCUGCCACUUGUCCAAAAAAGUACAUUUUGAAUAAAUAAGAACUAGCACGUAAUCAUUUGAAUGCAUUCUAUGUAGACUAAUCGUCAAAUAUGUUGAAGAAUUGACGUUCCGCGCCUUCGCUAUGCCUCACUCAAGUAACAAGCUAACAGGUGACUUCAGAUUUGUUGUUGCGGUAAUAUAACUGCCGGCAGUUAUCUUUUUAAAGAUAGCUUUAUCAACCUUUUUUCCACCUAUGGUGUUGAAUUCAAAAUGCUUCUGCUGUUUUUUCAGAUGGUUUUGUGUCAUGAUGAUUAUUCGUUUGGCGCAUUAUUGAGGCUAACAGGGCAUGCAAUAGAUCAGAGUGCAUUUAACAAAUGAGACUGAAAGAGACUGAAACUGAUGAGACACAACACGGUCUGUUGCGACUAUGAAUAUUAAAUUCCGACUGAUCAUUUCAGAUCUAAUAUUUAAUUUUUCCUCCGUUCGAAUGGUAGUUCAAAUUUUCAAAUUAAAAGGUGACAGCCCUACUGUGGUUUAAUUUUUUUGACAAAAUCAUUGAAGUGGGGCAUUGGUGAAAUGGUGACUUGGUAGUGAACAGCGCAGAACCAUGCUUUUUUUUUUAGCUGUUAUUGUCAAUAGCAGAAGUGUGUUAUGUCACAUGAAAGCCCUCUAUACUUAAGUAAACAAGGUGAUUGGAUGUGAACUGUGACUGAAGUUAAUGUGGUCAGACAGGUGAUGUGUGUGACAGGUGUGUUGCACUUUUUUGACAAUCUGUGUCUUCCUGUUGAAAGCGCUGUAGGUUUCUCCAAAUUGUUGAUUUAGAAACAGAUCUACGUAUAUAAUCUACAAAUGGUCAAGAAUUUGCCGUGAUUGUUUUCAUAUUGUCUAACAUUGCAAUAAUAAUUUGUUUUCAACCAGGCUACACAUAGUAGGUGGUGAUACUGUUGACUUUAUCCCUCUGAGUAUGACAGUCAAAAGCUUCUUGGGGUGAGUUUGUAGUAGUGCAUCUGCUGAUAUUUUUGUCAGAUAUUCAAUAUAUUGUUCAUUUACAUGCCCAAAAAUACCCCACAAAAAUAAUAUUUCCCCUAGAACUGUACUCUAAUAAGGAUGCAGGAGUCACUUAAUUAAUGAGCAUGUAGAACGCUACAGUAAUUUAACUCUCCACUGAAAGCCAGGCUAAUUAUUUUGGGUUAGCAGGUGCUCAAGGAAGUAAAGCAGGUUUAUCUGCAGAUUUUACACUCACCUCUGAGAUGUUGUUAAGCAUCACAUCUAUCAUCACCCUCAUCAUAUCAGAGGUUGACAGCAUCACACUGCUUGUGUUUGCUUGUCUAAUAAAAGACCAGUUUUAGCCUGACACAGCAGGGCGUGUGUAUCGGUCUGUCCAGUCAGCCAAUAGGGACUUUUUGUUUAAUUCUAGGUAUCAUUUCAAACACAGACAUUUGAGUUCCUGGUUGCAAUAGAUAUCUGUCAAAUUAAAAGCCAUGUGAGGUGUAAGACAGUAAUGAUGCAUAUGAUCGGGAUUUAAAACACUUCUUCCUGACUUUGUCAGCUGUUCUUCCUGUAGGAUAAGGCCUAAUGAUAAGCAUUAACUGAUAAGGUCUCUACAUUGCUCCCCAGCCAUGUGUAUCUGAUAUAAUUGUAAAAAUAACUUCAGGUGAAUUGUGUGAUAACAUGGACUCAAGUAUCUGACUUUUUAGUAUACUGUAUGUGUAGAUAUAUAUGUGUGUGUGUGUGAGAGAGAGAGGGUGUGUGUGUGUGUGUGUGUAUCUGAUAUUCUUAAGUGCCUUUUUUGUAUUUUUUAUGUUUAUCUGUAUGCUGUAAGGAGUGUCUUUCUCAACUAAUUUCCUGUACAUUCUGUUUUUUGUACAGCAUUUUGAUAUUAUUAUUAUUAUAUAUUAUUGUUUGCAUUAUAGUCAUAUACAGUAUGAGUAUUAAUGUACAAUAACAGCAGGAAUAAAUCCCAUAAGAAUUGGUAUAGAGGAGAGGUUCAUAAUAUAUAAUACUUGAAAUUGUUUGUAUCUGGCUUAUUGAUAAAAAUGUGAUUGUUCCAUAGAUGAAUAUUGCUGGAGACACCAGUGUUUUCCCAGCGUUCUUUCGGCAUAGAUGGGCCACAAUAACACAACAUUUGCCCUAAAAUGUGAAAUUUGCCACACUUAACUCAAAUAAAAAUAGGAAUGUGAAUUAAGAA